GCCGUUCACCGUAUGUUUCGCACGGGCUUGUUUUGAUGGCACACCAAAAAGCCCGGGUUUUAACAGCAUGGAGGAAAAUGAGGGCAGACUUCUUGAGCCAGUUCGAUGAACUAACCAGAUAACCAAUGUGGAGGAGCUUGCUGCAGAGGGGCACCGCCUGUCUCUUGCAGGUGGCAGCCCCAAGGUUUCUCCACCAGAGACACCUCCCCUCCAUCUGUGAGAGACUUCCAGCUCAGAGGCUCCUUCACAGGCCUCCCUGCGGUACAGUCUACUUCCUGUCCCAAAGUGGGACCAGGGCUUACAAAAAAGAUGCAAAGUCUACCGUGGAGUGUCCUGUGAGCCCCAUCACAGUCACAGACAUCAAACAGUAUUUACGCUCCAAAGACGUCUCCUUCCACGAUGGCUACAGCUGCCUCCACCUGCCGAGCAUCUUCGUCGAACCGUCCGCCAGGAGGGACAACUUCUCCCUGUUCGUCGACAAAACCACCGGGCAGUUCCUGUGCAAGGACACGCUGGUGGAAGGGAGCUGGGAGGAUCUGCAGGACUGCCUGGAGGUGAUGCAGAAGGAGGAGCAGGGCUUCCUCAGCCCUCACGUGCUGCUGGGAUACCCGGAGAGUGUGGAGGAGCAGGAGGAGAGGGAGAGGGAGCUGAGGGAGGUGCAGAGGAUCUGGUCCAGCUCCGUGCCCUUCGCUGACCUCCCCGAGGACGAGGCUCAGCUGGUCAAAACCAUGUUUCAGAUCACAAAGGUCUCCAAUGCGACCCUCAAGAGGUUUGGCGUGAGGCUCUUCAAGCCCACCAAGAGUCUGGUGUUCCCCUGGUUUGGUGGACCCGACUCCUCCCUGAAGGGGGUGAAGCUCCUCUCCGCCCAAAGCACCAACGGCGACAAAGUCACCUACAACGAAGCGACGGUCCCGCGGUGCAAUUCCUACUACAACCUGUUCGGCCUCCCCCUGGUGGGCCGCGUGGACGCGGAGGUGGUGCUGACCGGACACGAGCUGGACACUCUGGCCGUCAGCCAGGCCACGGGACUCCCCAGCGUGGCUCUGCCGCGGGGGGCCAGCUGCCUCCCGCCCAUCCUGCUGCCUUACCUCGAACAGUUCAAGCGGGUGACGCUGUGGCUGGGCGGCGACAUCCGCUCGUGGGAGGCGUCCAAGAUCUUCUCGCGCAAGCUGGGGCUGCGGCGCUGCUCGUUGGUGCGUCCCGGGGAGUACCGGCCGUGCCCCGCGGUGGCGCUGGCCCAGGGGAAGAACUUCGGCCACAUCAUCAAGUCCUCCAUCCCGGCGGCACACAAGUCCAUCGUGUCCUUCAAGCAGCUCCGAGAGGACGUGUACGGGGAGCUGGUCAACACGGAGCAGGUGGCGGGCGUGAAGUGGGGGAGGUUUCCGGAGCUCAACAGGAUCCUGAAGGGACACCGCAGGGGGGAGCUGACCGUUUUCACAGGUCCUACCGGCAGUGGGAAGACCACCUUCAUCAGCGAGGUCGCCCUGGACCUCUGCAUGCAGGGCGUCAACACGCUGUGGGGCAGCUUCGAGAUCAACAACGUGCGCCUGGCGAAGAUCAUGCUGACGCAGUUCGCCAUGCAGCGGCUGGAGGAGAACCUGGAGCAGUACGACUUCUGGGCGGACAAGUUCGAAGAGCUGCCGCUCUACUUUAUGACUUUCCACGGGCAGCAGAACAUCAAGACAGUGCUGGAGACAAUGCAACACGCCGUCUACCUUUAUGACAUCAACCACGUCAUCAUUGACAACCUGCAGUUCAUGAUGGGGCAAGAAAACCUCUCCGUGGACAAGUUCGCCGUCCAGGAUCACAUCAUCGGAGCAUUCAGGAAGUUUGCCACCAACAGCAGCUGCCACGUCACUCUGGUUAUUCACCCGAGGAAGGAGGAGGAUGACCGAGAACUGCAAACCGCCUCCAUCUUCGGUUCAGCAAAGGCCAGCCAAGAAGCCGACAACGUCCUGAUCCUGCAGGAGAAGAAGCUGGUGACGUGCGCCGGCCGCCGGUCCUUGCAGGUGACCAAGAACCGCUUCGACGGAGACGUGGGAAUCUUCCCUCUGGAUUUCAUCAAGUCUUCGCUGACCUUCGCUGCUCCCGUCAAGGGCAAGCACAAGCUGAGGAAGGUCGCCGGCAAGCCGGAAAGCGAGGAGUGCGAGGUGGCGCCGAAGAAGGACGAAGUUAAAAAGGAGAAAGCGACCAAGACGACAAAGACUCCUCGAGCUGUUAUGAAAGGAAAUGAAAACACGGAGAAGUAGCUGUAGUGUAGAAAGAAUCAUGAGCACGUAGGUCCGUUUUUCUACAUUUAUGCCCAUGAAGAGAUUUCGACUGAAAAGAACAUAUAAGUAUGUUGGAGCGAUGCGAAAUCAUUGUAAUUCACAAUGAAACAAUCGGUAAAUAUUAAGGAAUGAUAUGAGACUACAAAAAGGUUUAUUUCAUCAUGGAAUGAAGUAGGGACGUCUUAACUAGAAUGUGAAUAACGGUUUAAGUGUUAGUACAACAGUGUUGGUACUUUGGUAUAUUAUUACUGUGCAAAAGAACUACUGUUCUCAUGGAAGUGUUCACCACACGGUCACAUGACCGUAGUGUCUUCUCGACUGACUUUUUCUACAACAAGGAUUUACUGACUAAGCUUU